UGUGUGGAUGAGCUUGGGAUGAACAUUCGUGGCAAUUGUCUUGGCUGGGAUCUGCCUCGUUGCAAACACGCUUGUUGAUGCCAAACCCGACGAGAGCGUGAUAAUUUCCCGAUAAUCUGCAAAUUUCUUACUGGACGGAACGGAAAUAAGUCGCUUGCAGAAGUCUAAUCAUGGCGAGCAAAUCUCUCGCAACCCAGCUGGGAUAGCGAGAUCCCAGCCCCUACUGGUCCUCAUCGCUUCCCGUAACUGGCACGGGAUCUGAUGAUUCAGUCAGGUUCGCAGCCUCAUUAUAUAAAACCAGCGGCACUAGUAGCUUUUUCUUUCUUUUGCUUUGAUACUCAUUGAUUCGACCUCCUCCUCUGCGCAGAGUUAUCUGCAGGUUGGUGACACUUUGGAGGUGACGACGUUCUCAUGACAGAGUACACAUCUUCACCCGAGGCUGUUCAGGUCUUCAGAGACUCUCGGGAACGUACUGAGCACUGGGUGCGUUCGCACUCACCAUUCCAUUCCCAGUUCUAUUCCCCCGAAAGUCCCCCAUCUGUCGUCAGUGACAUAGAUAUCGACGACUGUAGCUCAGAUAACGGCAGUUCGCAUUCUUUGCCUCCGAAGAUGAUGUUGAGGUAUGGGGAUGGACGAGACAUUCCUAUCUCGCACUGGCACUAUGACAAUGGCUCUCACAAAGGAAGUAGUCAUAGUUCGAGUUCUCAUCCCCAUCUUCAACACAGCCAUCAACACCGUUCUCAUGACCGCUCGAGGUCUGCUGCUGAUGCAUAUCCUGCGCGGGGUCCUCGCCACCCCGAGUACACAGGGUAUCAUCACUCCCCAACACGAAAUGCACAUCGUGUAGUCCCCAGUGAAGAUUUGGAACCUGAGGAAAUACAAAUCCUUCCCUCUGACCCACACGCCACUCCCUAUGACUCAAGAAACGAAAAGUAUCGGCCGCGUAGAGCUUCAGAACCUUACCGGCCCGAACCCUUGCAAUCCCCGCCCCACAAAAACGCUGUAGAGAUCCUGGCAACACCCUUACCACGUCACGUUCCCAGCAAUCAUAGUACCGCUGCCCCACCAGUCACUUACUCUCAUUCACAACCCAUCCCUCAACAAUACGAGCAGCACCACCCUGCGCACUCGCAUUCGCGAAAUAGGCCUCCACCUUCGAUCGUAUAUGCACCCGGUUCUCACCACGCUACCGAUCAUUAUGCUCCACCAACAAUUGUGUAUGCCCCAACUAAGGCACCAGGCAUGACGUAUACAGUGUCUGCGCCUACGGGUUCAGGGUUUCCGCAAUACCCGCGUAUCACUCCUGCCCCAUACCCCACCGUCCACAGUCGUCUCGCGUCUAUUCAUGAAGAGGCACGGUAUGGGAUGAGAGGCCCCCUUCCAAGGGAAGAUCGGCCGAGAGUGCCUGCCCCGAUAAGCGAGGCUGACAGCUGCGAGUCGGGCAGCACCUACUAUGUUAUACCCACUCCUGGCCAGAAACCCGGACCCGCACCUUCCCUCUACACGGCCACGUCAACCACUAAAUCGCCCUCGUCACCUCAAUCUACCAGCACGGGAUUCAAGAAACCGUUUUUCAGCAGGCUUUUGAGCUUUGCGUCUGAUCUAUCAAAAGUAUCCAAAACCCCGAAAUUCUCCUCAAAGACCAAGUUGCGACGACAUCAUUCUUUAGACACGUCCACGGGCGGUCAUAUACGACACCGCUCGUGACAUUUAUACGUGUUCUGGAUAAUGAUUUCGAAAGGUUUUUGCAUUGAACGUUCUACUCUUUUACAUUUGUCUUGAUUGGAUAGACUUUGGAUAGACUUUAUGCAUUCAUAUGCACGCAUAUGCAUUGCCCUCACAUUGUACGACACUAACAGCACUGUAGCGCUAAUCUUCCACUCAUUUUCUUUUUUUCUCCUAGCGUUUAUCAGGUCGCCGUAAUAAUGACAUGUCGUAACAUUUAAAUCUGACAUCAACGUGGCACCUGUGAAUACACAUGUCAUUCAUUUACUUAUAAACAAACUUCCGCCUCAACGAAGCACCAAGAAACCGUUAAAUGAAUUGCC